AUGCUCUCGGGGUGCUCGGUGUCCAGUCUCGCGGCGAGGUUCGCCUUCUUCCCGCCGGACCCGGCCACCUACGCCGUCCGCAAGGACGAGGCCACGGGCCGCCUCGUCGCCUCGGGCGUCCCGAGGGACAACGCCAUGGACGUGCUGCUCGUCGACACCAGGAGGGGGAACAAGGUCGUGGCUUUCUACCUCAGGAACCCCUGCGCGCGCCUCACCGUGCUCUACUCGCACGGCAACGCCGCCGAUCUCGGCCAGCUCUACGAUCUCUUCGUGCAGCUCAAGGUCAAUCUCAAGGUCAAUCUGAUGGGAUAUGACUACUCGGGGUACGGAGCAUCUACUGGCAAGCCAAGUGAAGAGAAUACAUAUGCAGAUAUUGAAGCAGUUUACCAGUGCUUAGAAACUGAGUAUGGAAUAAGCCAGGAAAACCUUAUCUUGUAUGGACAAUCUGUUGGGAGUGGGCCAACACUGCACUUAGCCUCUCGUUUGCCAAGAUUACGUGGUGUGGUUCUCCACAGUGCUAUAUUGUCAGGCCUCCGUGUUGUUUGCCAUGUGAACUUUACUUUCUGCUUUGACAUUUACAAAAAUGUCAAAAAAAUAAAGAAGGUGAAAUGCCCAGUGCUUGUUAUUCAUGGGACUGAUGAUGAUGUUGUGAACUGGUCACAUGGUAAUGAGCUGUGGAAACUGGCCAGGGAGCCGUAUGAUCCACUAUGGAUCAAAGGGGGCGGUCACUGCAAUCUGGAGCUGUACCCUGACUUCAUCCGCCACCUCUCCAAGUUCAUCCGUGAAAUGGAAAGUGUCACAACAAAAACAAUGCUCAAGAAGAUUCGACAGUCCCUGCAGCCAACAAAGGCUGCGCACCGCGUGAACACCGCAACAACCACCACCUUCACCACUAACUGCUGCUGCCGUAUCCGAGUCCGCAAACCGACCUGCCCCAGCUGCAACUUCAGCUGCAGCUGCUGCCAUGGGCUGAGGAACUGCUUCACAUUGCCAAAAUGCAAGUGCCCAGCCUGCCUCUCCUUCAGCUGCAGGGGCUGCUUCAAGUGCUGCUGCUGUGGCGGAGGGGCGAGUUAAAACCGAUCUCUAUGUGGGUGUGUAUAGGGAAAGGAACGGUCCUGGAGAUAUCUAACCAUUUGAAUGCUGUAGGAGUAAACUUAGAUUUUCAGUUAGUAGCUUCCAGUUCUUCCCCGUUCUCCUAUGUAGUUGCUCGUCAGAUUCGUAUAAUGAUGGCAUAAGCUGUGCACUGUCGAGCAUAGAGCAGUCGUAAUGUUCUGAAC